AUGUGUGCAGUAUGGCGAAAGCGGCACUUGCCUGUGCUGCUCUUCUCGGUGGCUCUAUUUUGGGCCGUCUCAGCGAUUCCUGUGGCUGUUCAAUCAUCAAAAAGUGCGACUAGCGGGGAUAAAGACGCUGGAUCAGAGCAUCCCAAGCAGCCAGCAGCGGCGGCAUCAGCACGAGCAGAAGAUGGUGAUUGCGAUGUCUGCAAGAAGAAGCUCACGUAUGCAGAGCAGAGAGCAGACAACGCAGAGCGCGAUUUGCUUUCCUUUAGGCAGAAGCACGAGGAGGCGAUGGCUACAUGCAGCAGCAAGCAGCAGCCGGACCAGACGUGCAAGGAGCAGAGCGAAGCGCUGCGCAUGCGGCUGAACGAGGAGAUCACGACGAAAGAAGAACUGGAAGCCAAGUUGCGGCAGCAGGAGCACCAGCAGCGAGUCGCAACAACGGAUCUGCGCCACGAGUUAGAGAAGCUUCGAGCGCAGCUUCAGCACCAGAAGAAGCAAGGGAAACAAGAUGGCUGGCCUUCAGGAACUAUAGAGAAAGUCGCGGAGCUUGCCUCUGAUAUGGGGCAGAUAUACCGUGCUGUGAUUGAGGUUAUGGUCUCCGCAGUGCCUCUUUCCUUGAGGGAUGCAGCCCAGCAGCAGGCAGCCACCGCUGCGACGGCUACCACCGAGCAACUGAACAAGGUGUAUGUCCACGUCGAGCCGUACGUUGACUCCACCAAGGCCUUUUACUUUACUUACAUUCAUCCGCAUGCGACGGCAGCAGCAGCGUGGGCUCGCAGUGCCGGCAGCAGCGCAGUAGCAAAGACGGCAGCAUCGGCUAACCAGCAUCUCGAUUCGGCCCUUGCUGCAGUGUAUAGUAAGACCAGGAGGAGCUGCAAGAAGGUGUUUGCUGCCGACACUGCAGCAGCUUCCGGAGGCGCAAGUCAAGGAAGCAGUGGUCGCGCGUACUACCAAGGAAGAGAGAGUGCACAAACGCCUCAGCCGAUGCCACCUAGACCCUUCGAUCUGGAAAAGAGGAGGAAGCACUAA